UUGGCCCUCACAUUGGGCGUUACUGUGGACAGAAGACACCAGGUCGGAUCCGUUCCUCAUCAGGCAUUCUCUCCAUGGUUUUUUAUACUGACAGUGCAAUCGCAAAAGAAGGCUUCUCAGCAAACUACAGUGUCUUGCAGAGCAGUGUCUCAGAAGAUUUCAAAUGUAUGGAAGCGCUGGGCAUGGAAUCGGGGGAGAUUCAUUCUGACCAAAUCACAGCUUCUUCCCAGUAUAGCACCAACUGGUCUGCAGAACGUUCUCGCCUGAACUACCCCGAAAACGGGUGGACUCCUGGGGAAGACUCCUACAGAGAGUGGAUACAGGUACGUAGCACGAGACCUGGCACACAUAGGGUGGAAGAUUUAGGUCAUCUAGAAGGGUUGCUGAAAAAAAACAGUGCCAUUCCAAAUGCCUUCAAAAGCGAAGAGAGGAACAAUGGAAUUCAGUGCCUUUAUGCCCUCUCCAUCCCUAUGGAAGAUGAAUGUCAGAGAAGCUUAGCAUCAGUGCACCUUGAGAUCCUUUUUGAAGAUGGUAUCCUGAAGACCGUUUAUAUCCCAGCAUAUACCUGCUCAGUCAGUGAUUGCUUGGAUCUUGUUGCAGCACCUACAGCUGGACCGACCACUCCCAACGGGAACCUGGUGGACGAAUGUGAUGACGACCAGGCCAACUGCCACAGUGGAACAGGUGAUGACUUCCAGCUCACAGGCGGUACCACUGUGCUGGCCACAGAAAAGCCAACCAUAAUAGACAGCACCAUACAAUCAGAGUUUCCAACAUAUGGUUUUAACUGUGAAUUUGGCUGGGGUUCUCACAAGACAUUCUGUCACUGGGAACACGACAAUCACGUGCAGCUCAAGUGGAGUGUGUUGACCAGCAAAACCGGACCCAUUCAGGAUCACACAGGUGAUGGCAACUUCAUCUAUUCCCAGGCGGAUGAAAACCAGAAGGGCAAAGUUGCUCGUCUGGUGAGCCCCGUGGUUUAUUCCCAGAACUCUGCCCACUGCAUGACCUUCUGGUAUCACAUGUCUGGUUCGCACGUGGGCACGCUGCGGGUCAAGCUGCACUACCAAAAGCCAGAGGAGUAUGAUCAGCUGGUCUGGAUGGCCAUCGGGCACCAAGGAGACCACUGGAAGGAAGGGCGGGUCCUGCUCCACAAGUCUCUGAAACUUUAUCAGGUGAUUUUUGAAGGCGAAAUUGGAAAAGGAAAUCUUGGUGGGAUUGCAGUGGAUGACAUUAGUAUUAACAACCACAUUUCCCAAGAGGACUGUGCAAAACCGGCUGACCUGGAUAAAAGGAACCCAGAAAAUAAAAUCGAUGAAACAGGGAGCACCCCCGGCUAUGAAGGCCCACAAGAGGGUGAUGAGAACAUCUCCAGGAAGCCGGGCAACGUGCUGAAGACCUUGGAUCCCAUCCUCAUCACCAUCAUAGCCAUGAGCGCGCUGGGUGUCCUCCUGGGCGCCGUGUGCGGAGUAGUGCUCUACUGUGCCUGUUGGCACAACGGGCUCUCAGAGAGAAACUUGUCUGCCCUGGAGAACUAUAACUUCGAACUCGUGGAUGGCGUGAAGUUGAAAAAAGACAAACUGAACCCACAGAGUACUUAUUCGGAGGCCUGAAGACAGACGGAGGCAAAGACGAGUCGGAGAACUGACGUGGAAGGAGGGAACUUGAGCGUGCUGGGGAACUGUUGAUCUCUCUCACUGUCCAGGCUGGGAAGUACGUUGAUGACGCUGAGCCAGGCUUUUCUCAGGAGCUUCGAGGAGUAUGGCCGACAGACAGGAACAAGUUCGCCGUGUUCACAAUCGGAAUCAUGUACAGUCAGCUUUUUUCUGUUGGUUUCAUUUGAAUAAUCAAAUGCUGGUGUUGAGACCAAGUAUGAAUGACUUAAUAAUUCAUUUCGACUCUCCCUCCCCUUCUCUCUCCUCUUCCUUUGAUGGAUUCCUUUCGGAAACUGUGCAAAAUCCAAGAUGCUGGCACCAAGUGUAUUCAGUGGGGCCCUUUUGACGGACACGCUACCUGCAGCCCAGUGCCCAGAAUCUCAUAGAAAAACCGCCCUUCAGUGGACUCCUGAAGCCGUAGUUGUGUAUAAUUGCCCACGUCGUACGGAGGCAGAGAAGGAUUAGGAUGUUUCACGUGGACGUGCUGUAUCGCCUCAGUACCGCUAUCGUGUGUCAGCUCUGUUUACAAAGCAAUACCGUCAAAUUUUCUUGAUGUUUUCCAGUGUUGUACUAAACCUCGUGCUUGUGAACUCCAUACAGGAAACCGUGCCAUCACCGAACACUGCUGGCCACCGCAACAACAACUCCUUGGCACUGGCUAGUCUAUGUCCUCUCAAGUGCCUUUUUGUUUGUACUGGUUCUCAUUGUGUUACAUGAACGACCCGCUCUGUUUCUCGCUGGUGAAAGCCCUACUCUUUAAUCAAACCCUGGUGGCCCACUGACUAAGAAGAAAGUAUAAUUUAGUGUGAGAUGUCAGCCCCCCGCCCCCGGGAGGGCAAGGGCUCCGAAGAUUUGGCAAUGUGGCUUAAUUGCUCUGCUUUUUUCUGUGGUUCAAUUUCAUGUCUCUUGACCCUUUUGUAUAAAGCUGCAAUAUUCUCUCUUAUUGGUCUUUCAUAUGGAAUGUAUUUUCAAAUGUAAACUCUUUCUCUCCUCUCUCUCUCUCUCUCUCUCUGUCUGUCUUUUUUCUCUCUUAGAACUUAAGCAUUUGCCAUUGUCCAGAAAAGAAACUUGCAGCUUUAACCUGCUGGUAAUGGCAAACAAUUUUGCUAGACUUUAUGUUUAAAAAUAAAUAAAUAAGGGAAAUUCCUAACUUUGCCCUCCAAAGUCUAACUUUGGUUUUCUUGUUAACUGGUUAAAGUGACAGUAUCUUUUUUCCUUAAGCCAUUUGUCUGUCUGCUCCAAUCAAAAUGAUCUGUGAUAGAAGCAUUUGCAUUUAAUAGAAAGAGAUAAGCUGAGGGAAGAAGUAAUACUAAUUGGCUUUCAAGUGAGACCCAAAGGAAAGACUGAAUACAAUUCUCCAAAUACCCAAAAAUAUGAGAUUUUUACAUCCAAAUCUACAAAAUGGCCCUUGAGAACCUGCUUGUUUUGCUAUUGAAUCAGACAAGGGAAGUAGAAGAAAGAACAGUUAAUUUAAGAAAGUGACUAUAAAUCCUGGUGCCUGGGGUGAAGUAUUUUAAGAUAAGACGGGGAAAGAAAACGAGUAGAGUCAAAACAAAUCUUUAAAAACAUCCAUUCAGGAGCAACCCUGAAAAAACAGAGACUUGAAUGAAUGCAUCUAGAAACUUCCAGUGGCUCACAAAGAAAAAGCCUGCCAUGGGGCUGGUUAAGACCGAAGCCUCGAACAACAGCACAGAGAAGUCAAUAUCUUAUCAGGCAGCAUGUGAAUUAAUCCAAAGAAGGCUGUGGUUGUUUUCAGAAUGUUCCUGUCAGGCCAUGGUGUACAGAAGAACUUUUAGAUUUUCCUCCCUUUCUACAUUGCUGUGGGGUCCUGUUCAGAUACAUCUGUGGGAGUCACAUUUGCAUCAUGGAUGGGUCAGUCCAUUCAUCUUGGUUUAAUUGGAUUAAGGAUGCCUUUUGUUUCCAGGAAAGUAUUGAUCACCAUGAAAAAAGAAUAGAUUUUUAUCCCCAGAGGCAUUCAUUCAGUUGUUAGGAUCUUACGGGGAUGAAAGCACUAAGUAAGACCUGAUUUUUUUUUUUUUUUUUAAGGCAACAGACUUAAAGUUGUCCUUAGCCAAGGAAAAAUGAUACUGCGACUUUAAAUUUUAAAGUAUCUUGCACUGAUAAAUAUAUUUAAAAAUUAUAUGUUUAUAAAGUUAUUAAUUUGUAAAGGCAGUGUUACAAAAUGUUCAGUUUAUAUUGUUUUAGAUUGUUUCGUAAUUUUUAAAGGUGUAAAAUAACAUAUUUUUUCUUUAUUGAAAUCUAUAAGACUUUCUGUAGUAAAAUGUUUUCAUUUUACUGGUAUAUGAUUGCUUCAUGUUUUGUACCAUCAUCAAAUUUUGUGCAAAUUUUUUUUACAGAAAUUUUUAUUUUCUAUGACAAUAUGACACUUGUAAAUUGUUGUUUCAAAAUGAACAGCGAAGCCUUAACUUUAAAUGACAUUUGUAUUCUCAGACACUGAGUAGCAUAAAAACCAUAUAGAACCGAACUGUAACUUCAAUCCCAAACUAUGACUACUACAUUCCAAAGAGACAGUUGAAUUAAACAUUUUCAUAAAAUACCCACA